AUUCACACCGUUUUUGAACAAGCGAACAUUCUGGUUACAAGUAGUGAGGAGUGCUUCUAGUGAACCUUGGCAGUUUGCCCAAGAAACAUCUUCACUGAUUGAAGCACAAACGGAUACCAUAUAAACAUCUAUUGGAUUGCCUGCAAUUAGAUUUAUGUCAUGAAAUUAGAUUACACGGAAUAAUUAAUAGAUCAUCAUUUUCAAUUGCGAUGGGUUUUGAACGGAUUAUUUUUCAUCAAUGGAUUGAAAUCGAUUCUACAGCAUUUGUGAUGCAAAGCAAAGUGGAUGUUGAACCAUAAUUUGUUUUAGGUACAGAAAACAGUGCAACAGCGGAUUCCAUCGAGCCAUUUGUGAAUCAAGUGAUGUGUUAUGUGAGCCAGUGCACAACAGUGAACAUAUGAAAUUUAAUUCAAUUAUCCAUCGAAUCCGCGAACAAUUGUGGUUUGAAUUCGAUUUUUGUGGCCUCAGGGAAUAUGAACACAAAAACUGGCCCGUGGUUUUCCAGAUAAAUAUGUCGGUGAAUUUCGUUUUGGCCGCAGAAUGUUCAUGCAAAUGUAAUGCGUGUCCCUGAACCCUGACAAAAAGGAGGAAUACAAUUAAAUUAGCAACAAAUGGAGCAAAUUUUUCAAUUACGUAGGCACACUUGAACCGGAAAGAUUUUUUUUUUGUGAAAUGGAAAAACGGGCAACAAAACAGUAUGAUUUUCAAACUGUAUUGAAGUAACCAGAGGCAAGAGCGCAAAAAACACGAUGUUCACAAAUUGGUUAGCGCCACCGACAACUACCCUACCACCGGAUACAAUCAUUGAAGUCGGCCCACCACCAUUCACACGGUAUGCCGCACACAGCGCAUUGGUUUCCGUUCACAGUGGUUAUCUGCGAGCAGCCUUACGUUCAGACAGUUUGGCAGCAAAUGCGGACACCAUGCAAAUAUAUGUCCCCAAUGUGACCGCAGAUCAAUUCACCCCACUACUCACGUAUAUGUACACUGGAUUUUUGGAUUUGAAUAUUGAAAAUAUUUUCGGCGUGCUGCUUGCUACCCACAUCCUUCACAUGCCAAGAGCACUGGAAUUGUGUCGUUCCUUCCUAUCAGCUACUCAAACGGAGAACUAUUUCGGCGGACUAAACGCCCUAUCGUCUGCUGGUGCUUCUGAUGUUCACAGUUUAUCCAAACUUAAACCUGAAUUGGAAACGAGCAAAGUAGUGCGACCAAUCGCCAGCAAAGCAACCGGAAUUGGACUCAACUUUAUUGCACCACCUGCUUCGCACAUUCUAUUCUCGAGCACUCAUACUCCAUUCAAAAGCCUUUCCACCGUUGUUGGCACAUCACCGGCAGUAAUAGUUGAGAAUGCUGAAAAUUCAUCGCCACCUCCGGGGAAUGCAAAAAUAGCUGUGCUGGCCGAAAACCCUGUUUCUACCGGACAACGUCAUGGAGAUGUGGACGAUAAAUCCCCAAAGGAAUCAAACCAAAAACGACAAUCAAAAUCACUAAAACGUAGCUCGAACAAAUCGGAAUCUGUUGUUACAACGACUACCACGAAAGACUCCAGAGUGGUUGACAAAGGUGUGAUCAUUGAUAUUGCAAGCUGUGAUGGACCGGUGCGUUUCCGUAGGGUUCUCAACGAUAGCUAUGGCAUGAACAGUAAUAGCAAUAAUGUUACUCCCCCAGAUGACUCGAAAGCUGUUUCUCGCUAUAUGAGUUCAUCCUUUCACCAACAGAUGGUGCGAAAUAUCAAUGAGCGAAAGCAGAGCCUCUCUAUGGGUGAAAGUUUUUCGUGCGCAAGCAACAAGGACGAAAACAGUCAGGACAACAACCAAUCGCAAAGCUCGCAACAAAGCACGGCAUCUGGAGCAGCCGCAGGCGAAACGUACAACUGUGUCUACUGCAAGCACACUUUCAAGUCACAGUACUGCUACCAAAAGCACGCUAAGCGCCACUUGAUUCCGCUGAGCUUGGAAGCGAGUGCUACCAGUAUGGCUGUAACGGAUUACGUAGGCAUCACCGAAGCGGAUAAGGACGCUUCCGGCCCCAGAUGCGAGAAGUCGGGAUCCAAACGCGAGGUAAAACCGCUGGAUAUGAAUGUGCAGUACUAUCCAUGUAAAACGUGUGGUAGUAAAUUUCCCAGCUACUACUUUGUUCACAAACACAGGAAAAUGUGUCAUGCCGAGGAAGAGAUUUUGUAGAAUAAGACAAACACAAGACAAAUACAAUCCAACAGGGUAUACUUAAUCAAAAGCUUAGCACGCAAUUCAAAUAUGAUAAACAAAUAAUAUCGCUACAUAUCAAAUAAACUUGAAUCUAUCUUUGAAUCAUUAUUGAAUGUCAAACACGUGUUUAAAUCUGAUCUGAUCACACAACAACUUGGGUCAUAAUUUUACGUCUUUUACUACGAACCUCCAGGAGUUUGAACACCCAAUUGCGUGUUAAUAACAUUGUCAGUAGGUAUAAUCAAAGUAAUUUAAAUUAAAUCACAUCAAAAGCUGGUGACGAUUGUUUUUCAAAAUGGCAUGUAAAUGCAACGGGAUAAAAGUUUCCGCUGUUAUGGGGCAAAAUUGCCAUGCUCUAAAAUGAAGUGGAACAGAUGAAUGCUUAUUUAUAAACAGAAAAUUCUUCUUCUUCCUCUUGCCGGCGCCGGUGGUGUAGUGGUAAGCGUGACUGCUUUCUAACACCCCAAUGGGUCUGGGUUCAAUCCCCAGCCGAGGUCGGUGGGAUUUUUCUGAGGCAUAAAAAUCUCUGGUCACGUCUUCCUUCGGAAGGGAAGUAAAGCCGUUGGUCCCGGCCCAUGUGUGUUGUGAAUGGGUGCGAUAUCCUACGCAGGUGUGGAAGCUGCCUUCCUGCACAUUCGGUUGCCGUCAAUGGAUGGCAAUCGAUGUCCGUCGGUGAUUGGCACUAGAUUGCGGAACAGAGACCGACGUUAAAUAAAGGAAAAGAUUCUACUUCUUCUUUUUGUGCUUCUUUUCGUGAUUCUUUUUCUUCUUCUUUGCAUUCUAAGCGUAUUGCUUAUCACAUAUUAGCUUAUUGCGUAUUCUCUACUUAGUGUUCUAAAUGAAUGCUCUUCCCCA